AUGUCAAAUAUCCGCGUGUUAAGCCAACAAUCCGAGCAAGAAGCCGAUGUCGAGGUGUCGUGGGCUGAUCAGCAACGCAUCAACGAAUUCAGCAAGUUAAACGCCAAGAUUGAUGACUUGGAAGAAAGAUAUGAAAAGCUCAAGCAAGAGAAGGAAUACUUGGAUGAUGUCUCGAUGGAACUGGAACUAGCCGAUGAGGAUGAGCCUAUUCGACACAAGAUUGGCGACGCGUUUGUGCAUAUCCCAGUAUCCGAAGCAUUGGACCGUGUGGCUAAGGAAAACGAACAACUUGAUCUCAAGCUUGAAGCUGUCAAGAGCGAGAUGGAUUCAGUACAAAGUAAAAUGUCAGAUCUCAAAAAGGACCUCUAUGCAAAGUUUGGCAGCUCAAUCAAUCUCGAAAAGGAUUAA